AUGGCCUCAAGUUUUCCAAAUACGAAACUCUAUAAUACCACGAGAUUAGACCCUAUCAAACAUCCUCUUCCCAAUCCGUCAAAAGAACACGUUCGGUCGGUAGGACCAGUAGAGGGUCGACAGCUCAGCCAUCACAUAACUGAACUCGCGCAGGUUGGGCAGCGUCAUCCCCUCGUUGUCUCUGCUAGGAAUCGGAUCGUCAGUCAGAUGGUCAUGCUUCUCCCGAAACUCCAUGGGGAUCAAGCGUCAGGGGAUCGAUUCGAAUGGAUAGAGUGUUCCCCUGGUUUGGCUGGUCGGUAUUGGAUUGUUGGGAAAUACCUAGGACUCGCUGGAGAUGAAGUGGCAGGUUGUCGUUCUAGAUGGAUCCUUCAUUCCAAUAUGGAGAGCUAUCCCAUGGAUCAAAGGAUUAAGGUUGAUCACUCCGUGUGCUGGCAGGUGGUCUGA